CGGCCAUAGGGGGUGACCAGGGUGCCAAUGAGCCCCCCAUCUGCUCGGUGUGCGGGCUGAGCUUCGAGGGACUGAGCUUCGGUGGAGGACCACAUGACGGGGCACAACAAGGAGAAGCGUUAUAAGUGCGAUGUAUGUGGCACGGCCUGCUGGAGCCCGAGCCAGCUGGACAUCCACCGGCGGGUGCACACGGGAGACCGCCCCUUCGACUGCUCGGAGUGCGGCAAGAGCUUCACCCAGUCCAGCACCCUGGUGAAGCACCAGCGCACCCACACCGGCGAGCGCCCCUACACCUGUACCCAGUGUGGCAGGGAUUUCAUCGAAUCCAGGCAACUGCUGGUACACCAGCGCACCCACACCGGCGAGCGUCCCUACACCUGUACCACGUGCGGCAAGGGCUUUGCUCAGUCCAGCACCCUGGUGGGCCACCAGCGCACCCACACCGGCGAGCGCCCCUACACCUGUGUCCAGUGCGGCAAGGGCUUCUCCCAGUCCAGCAACCUGCUGGUUCACCAGCGCACCCACACCGAUGAGCACCCCUACACCUGCGCCCAGUGUGGCAAGGGCUUCACCACAUUCGACAGCCUGCUGGUGCACCAGCGCACCCACACCGGC